CCCUUUUCUUCAACGGCAAACACAGAACUAAAACAAAGAUCAAUCGGAAAACAGAGAAAGAAAAGCUUGACUUGCUACAGAGAUGUCGGUUGUGGUAUCAAAUUCUCCGGUGUUUUCUUCUCCAUCGUCUUCUUUCUUCCGCAACAAUAUUGAAACCCUAGCAGUAACCUUGUCGCACCUCAAAUCUACGCAGUCUCCGACUGCUUCUUCUCCAUUGUCUCCUUUCUCGCCGCUUCGGGUGCGACUCCAGAAGCCUCCUGUCUCGAUUCCAUCUUCUUCUUUGGCUUCGACUUCAGUGUCCGGUUCCCGAUUUGGGGCCGGGUCGCCUCAGGCGUUGUUGAAGAGGAAGAGACCGGCGAGGUUGGAUAUACCGGCGGUGGAUAUGGGACUUGGAGCUCCGGAGACUCCAGCGGCGGGUGGAAGGAUAUUGGAGGAGGUAGAGAUGGAGAGAGAAGGAUAUGGGUAUUCCGUGUAUAGCAAGAGAGGGAGGAGAGCGGCCAUGGAAGAUCGGUUCUCUGCUACUGUUGGUGUUCAAGGAGAUUCCAAACAGGCUUUAUUUGGUAUCUUUGAUGGGCAUGGAGGUGCAAAAGCUGCACAGUUUGCAUCGCAAAACUUAGAUAAGAAUAUAUUGAAGGAAGUUUCAAAGAUGGGAGAAAGAGGAAUAGAGGAUGCAGUCAAAUGUGGAUACUUAAAGACGGAUUCUGAGUUUUUAAAGGAAGAUAUUCACGGUGGCUCGUGCUGUGUGACAGCUUUGAUUAGGGAAGGAAAUCUAGUUGUAUCCAACGCUGGUGAUUGUUGUGCUGUCAUCAGCAACCAAGGCAUAGCAGAGGCCCUCACAUCUGAUCACCGGCCUUCCAGGGAAGAUGAAAAGGAUAGAGUUUUGAGCAAGGGGGCCUAUGUUGAUAAGAUCCAUGGUGUUUGGAGAAUUCAGGGGUCCUUGGCUGUUUCGAGGGGAAUUGGGGACCGGCAACUAAAACAGUGGGUCAUAGCUGAGCCAGAGACGAAAAUCUGUAGAAUCAAACCUGAACAUGAGCUCUUGAUCUUAGCUUCUGAUGGUUUAUGGGAUAAGGUUAGCAAUCAGGAAGCAGUAGAUGUAGCACGCCCGUUUUGCUUGGGAAUUGACAACCCUGAACCAUUGUCAGCCUGUAAAAGGCUUGCCGAUCUUGCUGUGUCACGAGGUUCUUGUGAUGAUAUUAGCAUCAUGCUGAUUCGGUUGCGGCACUUCAUUUAACGACUAGAUUAGUUAUUCAGUAGGAAACACAACUAACAAAUAAGAUUUGAUUGAAGUUGUCUCCCCCUGUGAAAGGAAAGGCUCCCAUGAGUGGUCAUUGGGGUUGCCGCAGAAGGUGGUAUAUAAUACAAGCAUCAAGUCUGAUUAUCUAUUAUUUGGUGGGGAAUUUAAUUUACACACACAUAGCUGAAGAUAGAUUUUACAAAUUUAUGUAACAUUCUUUGAUUCUUUUACUAAGUUAAUAACAUUGACUGCACAUUAUAUUCAAUUUGAAAUGAAGAAUUCUUAUCGUUGUGUUGUUGGUGUUUACAA